AUGGCGUACCAUUAUUUUGGAGAUGUGGUCACAUUUGACACAACAUAUCGAACAAAUAAGUAUGAUAUGCCUUUUGCACCAUUUACGGGAGUAAAUCAUCACAUGCAGUCGAUACAGUUUGGAUGCGCACUUUUACAAGACGAGACAGAGGUGACGUUUGAAUGGUUGUUUCGAACAUGGCUUGAAGCUACGGGAGGACAUCCUCCAACUUCUAUCAUCACUGACCAAGACUUGGGAAUGAAAGGAGCUAUUGCCACAGUCUUUCCCAACACCCGUCAUCGUCUCUAUCUCUGGCAUAUUAAGAAGAAUUUUGUUGAAAAGUUGUCACAAGUGUACUACAAGAGAUCGAAAUUCAAGAAAGAUAUGAAAAAAUGUAUUAAGGAGACAUACAAGAAAGAGGACUUUGAAGGGAGAUGGAUGUUAUUGAUGAAGGAAAACGAGUUAGAAAGCAACAAAUGGCUUCAAGGGUUGUUUGAUAUUCGUGAAUCAUGGGUACCCGUUUAUAAUCGUGGUACAUUCUUUGCCGGUAUGAAUACUACCGGAUGUAGUGAGGGUAUUAACUCAUUUUUUGAUGGUUUUGUAACUCACACGUCAAAUCUCAAAGAAUUUGUGGUGAAGUAUGAGAAAGCCUUGAAUAGGAUUGUGAAAAGGGAAAAUGAUGAAGAUUUUGAGUCCGAACAUAAGUUUCGAAUUGUUAAUGACCAUGAAUUUUUGUUGAAGCAUGUGGAAAAAGUGUAUACUAGAAACGUCUUCAACAAGUUCAAGGAAUCGUGGAGUAAAGUCUUCGACCACAAAGUUGAAAGUGUGAGAAAUGGCAAUGGUUUUCAAUCUUUCGUAGUGAAGUCAAAAGAUGAUGAACUUGAAAAGUUCGAGGUGACAUUGGAUUCGCAAUCCUAUGAGGUAUUUGUCCGGCUAGACAUUGAUGAAAUACUGGAACAUUUUAUUCUUCCACGAUGGAGGCAAAAGGCUAACAAAUUUAGGAUAAUUGAUUCCCAAGGAUUGGUGCAUGACGAUGGCAAAGAAGAAUGUGAGGCAUUAAGACUUAGCCAUAUGUGUCAAGAAGCUACGAAAUUGGCUUGUUUGGCCGCCCUAUCAAAUGAGGCAUACAUAAUUUUUCUUGAAAGUAUGAAUGAUUUAUUUGAGAAGAUUCAAAAAGUUUCUAAGGUGUCUCCAAUUGAAAUUUGUGCUGACAAAGAUAACGAGAAAUCUAUCGAGCCGUCGAGGGCUGAGAUAUUGCUUUUGGAUCCGAACAUCUCACAAUGUAAGGGUAGGAAAAAGGAUGUCAAGGGCAAAGCCGCUACUCACAGUCCAAAAGAUAGAAAAGUGGUAUUGAGAUGUCAUUAA